ACAGCUGCAGGUUUCCAUACUAGGGUUGCCCCUAACUGGGUUUGGAGGCAAAUGGGGUGGGCAGGGAAAGAAUGCCACAAAAUUGAAAUUUUGGCUAUAAAAUGAUGGGGACAUUCUCCAGUACAAUUGGAGGUGAGUGGGUUAAAGACUCCAGCUCUGAAGAACCUAUAGGAAAGGCUACAUUGCAUUUUCAUCUAGUGACUGCAUUGCCUUGAAAACUGACAGAGAAAGAGAAGCUAAUGAAAUCAUCACAUCCCCGGUGUAACAAUGGCUGUUGAAUAUAUGCACAAAUGAUCAGCCAGGCAGGCAGUGUGCUGCUCUCCAUGGUACUGAACAUCUUUUAAGAACCGAAACAUUUUUGCCUUGGAUUUAAAAGCAGACUGCAGAGAAAUUAGCAUUUGCUGCUGCAGAAGAAGACUUUUCUCCUUUCUCUGUUUCUGUCUCCUAAUGAUCAUGGAAACCAGAGGCUGGCAGUAGGACACUGGCAAGCGGAUGAGUAUCCCAAUCACUUGGCAGUCUCAAGAUCAGACAAGGGCAGAAUCUCAUCCAUGACUGCUGCCAAUUUGCUUGAAAGGCAGGGUGAGAGGGAAGGAGGAGGAACAAGAUUGCUAGAUUCUGGGGGAAAAAAUAGCCACAUGAUCCAUUCCCCAUGUGAUGUAUUCCAGGAGCUCAGAAAGCAAAGGGUGCCAACAAGCCAGCCCAGCAAAACGUCAUCCUUUCUCCAUCAAAGGAAAGAGACAAGCACAAAUAUUGCACCCUCCCCAAGAGACAGAUUUAUAUAUCCAGGCAGAGGCAGCUACUGAGCCAGUAUGAACAUGCUUUGCAGUUUCCAGUAUGAGUGGUGCCCUCCAAACAGCACUGUUAAGUGGGAUUACUAAUAAGAAAAAAGAAGCAGGAGUGCACCUCUGGGAUUAUGUUUGGAAACAGAACUUGAGCAGAAAACAUGACUAUGGUGUUGGCCCAUGGUAUGGAUAACAACAAAGCUGCUUUUGUUCUCCCUACAUUAUUGCUACCACUACAGAAUAUCAGCUACACUGAAACCUCCAUGCCUCUGGCAAGCCAUGAAAUGAGAGAUUCAUCCAAGGAGCACAGGCCAGAGAAGAACAAUACAGUUUUGCAUUAUGAACUGAGGCCAGGGGAAAUAGUAGCUGCCAGCCUAGUUUUUGGAGCACUGUGGCUGUUUUCUGUCUUUGGGAACUCCCUGGUUUGCUUAGUGAUCCACAGGAGCAGGAGGACUCAGUCUACCACCAACUACUUUGUGGUCUCCAUGGCUUGUGCUGACCUUCUCAUUAGUGUGGCAAGUGCUCCAUUUGCACUGCUCCAGUUCACCUCUGGCAGGUGGAUGCUUGGAAACGUUAUGUGCAAGCUAGUGAGAUAUUUUCAGUACCUCACCCCUGGAGUACAGAUCUACGUGCUGCUCUCUAUCUGCAUAGAUAGGUUCUACACAAUUGUCUACCCAUUAAGUUUCAAAGUAUCCAGAGAAAAAGCCAAGAAAAUGAUUGCAGCAUCUUGGGUCUUUGAGGCUGCUUUUGUGUCCCCAGCUUUCUUUUUUUAUGGCUCCAGCUGGGACAAUCAUUGCAACUUUUUUCUCCCUUAUUCUUGGGAUGGAACUAUCUUCAGCAUCAUGCAUCUCCUGGUGGGGUUUUUGAUUCCUUCCAUUCUCAUCUUCCUGUUUUACCAAAAGGUCAUCAAGUACAUUUGGAGAAUAGGCACUGAUGGCAGGACAGUCCGGAGGACCAUGAAUAUUGUUCCAAGGACAAAAGUGAAAACCAUCAAGAUGUUCCUGAUGUUGAAUUUAGUGUUCCUAUUGACCUGGCUCCCCUUUUAUGUGGUGCAGCUGUGGCACCCCCAGGAGACAGACUACAGAAAGAGUUCCUUAGUUUUCAUGGCUAUCACUUGGAUAUCCUUUAGUUCUUCAGCCUCGAAACCUACCUUGUACUCUGUGUAUAAUGCAAACUUCAGGAGGGGGAUGAAAGAAACAUUCUGCAUGUCCUCCAUGAAAUGCUACCGAAGCAACGCGUACACCAUCACUACCAGUUCAAGGAUAGCCAAAAAAAAUUAUGUUGGAAUCUCAGAAAUCCCAGUGCCGGCAAAAACAGUGACCAAAGAUUCAAUCUAUGACUCAUUUGACAGAGAAGCAAAGGAAAAAAAACUUGCUUGGCCUAUCAAUUCAAACCCACCAAAUACAUUUGUUUGAGUGAUUUAGUUGUUUUGAAUAAUUAUUAUGCACCACAAAAUCAAAGAGCUUUAUCUCUUUUUUUGGAACAGAUGUAUAUUUACAUAUUUUGGCAUACAACUGUUAGGGAGAAAAAGAUGCUUUAUUUUAUUAAAUGCGUUAAUUUUGUUGCAUACAGUAUUUUUAUUUAGUUACAUUCUGCUUUUUGGAACAAUUAGACUCAUGGAACAAUCUUUUUAAAAAAUCUCACACUAUCUGCAUGUAAAUGAAAGGAAAAACACUUUUUUCAACU